AUAGACAGUUCUCACAACAACAAAAAAUGACUGGGAAAACAAUGGCCCUGAAGCUGCUCAUAGACACUAAGGCAAACAGAGUCUUGUUUGCUGAAGCUGGGAAAGAGGUGGUAGAUUUCCUCUUUGGUCUUCUUGCACUGCCAUUAGGCUCCAUAGUGAAGCUACUGAGCAAGGAUCAGAUGCUAGGAUCCAUUGGAAGUCUUUACAGCAGUCUGGAGAACCUGGAUUCCACUUAUAUCCAGCCUAACCAAGAUAAAGACAUCCUCCUUAGCCCACAGUUACAGCAACAGAGUCAGGAAGUAAACAUUCUCCUCUUAUCAGCACCAAACCCACCAAAAGUUGAGGAAUACUACGGUUGUUGUCGCAGUAACUUUUGCAAUAGUUUAUGUUUCGAAAGUGUCACUAAAGUUUGUGGUACUCAAUGUCCUUCAUGCCCUGGAAGAAUGGAGAAAGUGUUGCGGUUUGUGCAUCCUGAGCCUGGAAUGGCGUCAGAAAAUGAUGAAGGAGAAGGAGGUUAUGUGAAGGGUGUGGUUACUUACACUAUAAUGGAUGAUCUUUCUGUGACUCCAAUGUCCACCAUCUCCUGCAUCACUUUGCUCAGCAAGUUCAAUGUCACGAAUGUGAACGUUCUCAAGGAGAAGAAUGUUAACUUGGGCAUGCAAGAGGCGUUGGAGUUGCUGAAGGCCUCCUUCAAGUCCAAGACUGUCCUGACUGAUGUGUUCCUGGCCAGUAAGCUGUAGCUAGGCUAGCUAGCUUUGUAUCUGGGCGGCUUUGUUUAUGUGGGACUUUAGGAUUUUUAUGCAUGCAUGAUUGUUUAAUGUUUCUUGCUC